UUGCUUUCUCUUCUUCCACCAAUUUUUCUCUCGUUUUCUUUCCCUCACCUUCUUUCCACCAGAAAGUAGGGCAAAAUUUUCUCGGAAAAAGAAUUAAAAGGCCAUGGACAGCCUCGAAAAUAAAGUGUGUCUGUUCAUGGGCGAUGAAGAACAAUGUUCUGAAAAAUCAGAGCUUGAAAACUUCAAAUCAGAGAAUUUCAUUGACGAAUUGCAGAAUCACCAUGAAGAAAGAGCCUUAUUCUGGGAAUCUCAGGAAGCCAUGCUUCAGGAAAUUAUAGAGAGAUACAACAUGGUAGGUAGGGAAUUAAGAGAAAAGGUGGGAAAAAUAUUGGAAGAGGCUAAGAAGGCCCCACAAAAUAAAUGCAAUUGCAAGAAACCGAACAUGACGACGUCGUUUGGGUGUCCCCACUGUUUAAGAACAUUUGUGGUUUCUGUGCUCUCUCUCAGAGGUUACAAAGCUUCCCUUAGCCACUCCAAAUGGGAUUCCACCAAAAAGGUCCCCGGAGGUUCACAUGAGUACAUAGAAGUGAUGGCAAAAACACAAACAAGAAAGAAGCAAAUGCCAUAUCUGAUUGAAUUGGAGCUAAGGGACCAAUUUCAGAUUGGAAGAGCAGGAGAAGAAUACAAGAACUUGGUGUCGAUGUUGCCAGAAUUCUACGUCGGUAGGCCAGAGUGCUUGACGGCGAUAAUCAGAGUCAUGUGCAGUGUUGCAAAGAGGUCAAUGAAGGAGAAGAAUAUCCACAUGGGUCCAUGGAGGAAGAGAAGCUUCAUGCAAAUGAAGUGGUCAGGUCUGAACAACAACACCACCACUACUUGGACUUCUCCUUCACUUCCCACUUCAUUCCACUUCAUGCAAGCAACUAGUAACAAAGCCUGCAAAAUUAGGGUUUCUGGAGCUCAUACUGUGGUAGUCACCUAAUUGAGUGAUUAAUUUUAAUGAGGGAAAUUUGUUUUUGGUUAUUACCUCUAGUAAUUAAAUGGAAAUAUUACAAAUAAGGGCCUGUGAAAAUUAGUAAUAACCAUUGAAGAUCAUAAAAUUUUGAAAUUGAAUUUAAGUAUCAGGGUCUUUUUUGCUGUAGUUUGCAAGUUUAAGUGCCUAAAUGUGCAUUUCAUGGUCUUGAAAUUCAAUUUUAACAUUUUGUGAUCCUAAAUGAUUAUAACUUUCGUAGGUCCUUAAUUGCAAUUUUUCCUAAUUAAAUUUGGAUUCAUGGUAGUUUGUGUAGAUUUUCAAUCCAAUUUUGAUAUUAAACAAAAUUUAUAUUGUUUAUUUUGAUCUGUAGCAUGAUGCGAGAUCAAAACAGGCAAUAGAAAUCUUUUCAACAAAAUUGAACUGAAAACUCACAAAUCACACUGAAUCCGUCACAUCUCUAUGGCUAUGUCUUUCAUUUUUAUAGCAUAGAUUUUAUAAUCUAAUUUUAGGCUGAAGGCGUCUUAGUUAUACAUAAAUAGGACAAUUUUGGUGGCUAAUUGAGUUAUAUAUUUGAUGAUUUAGUUACUCUGCAUUGGGUGAGGCUAAAGUAAAUUGUGUAGUUUAUUAGGUUAUAAUAUUGUGCUGUUGAAAUAGAACAAUACAAAAGAAGAGAUAUUGAUAUUCAAUCACUAUAUAUGUAUUGGACUUCUGUUUGUUUGGUUUU